CAACAACAUCUCAUCUCACUUAUACUUCUUUUCUUUGUGUUCUUGUUUAGAAGAAGCAAUGGCCCCUUCAGCAAUCCAACACUACUCUUUCGCCGGCCAAACAGCCUUAAAGCCAUCCAACGAUCUCCUCCGCAAGGUCGGAGCCUCCACUGGUGGCGGCCGCGUCAUCAUGCGACGUACCGUCAAGUCUACUCCUCAGAGCAUCUGGUACGGACCAGACCGUCCCAAGUACCUAGGACCAUUCUCGGAAAACACACCAUCAUACCUAACCGGAGAAUACCCUGGAGACUACGGCUGGGACACCGCCGGUCUCUCAGCCGAUCCAGAAACAUUCGCAAAGAACCGUGAGCUUGAAGUAAUCCACAGUAGAUGGGCGAUGUUAGGCGCUUUAGGCUGCACCUUCCCAGAGAUUCUCUCCAAAAACGGAGUCAAAUUCGGUGAAGCCGUGUGGUUCAAGGCAGGAUCUCAAAUCUUCUCAGAAGGAGGACUUGAUUACCUAGGAAACCCUAACUUGAUCCACGCGCAAAGCAUAUUAGCUAUUUGGGCUUGUCAAGUUGUGCUAAUGGGAUUCAUUGAAGGUUACAGAAUCGGAGGUGGGCCUCUUGGUGAAGGGCUUGACCCGCUUUACCCAGGCGGAGCCUUUGACCCGUUGAACUUAGCAGAAGAUCCAGAAGCGUUCUCGGAAUUGAAGGUGAAGGAGCUCAAAAACGGUCGUCUUGCAAUGUUCUCAAUGUUUGGAUUCUUUGUUCAAGCCAUUGUUACGGGUAAAGGUCCGAUAGAGAAUCUGUUCGAUCACAUUGCAGACCCUGUGGCUAACAACGCUUGGGCUUACGCCACCAACUUUGUCCCCGGAAAAUAGAGUUUGAUCGGAUAAUUUUAUGUAAAUUAUAUCUUUUAAGAAUUUGUCAAUGCACUAAAGUUAAAGUAUCCUU